AUGGCUACACACGCCCGCAACAUCUUCAAACAUCUACCGCCACCAGCAGAAUGCCUUGCCUUGUUCAUCGCGACUCUUGAGCUCGUCCCUUUCGGCAUCGCAGGUCUGAGCAACCCGGUCACAUUUGCAGAUGGCUACGGUCUGCCCAUACAGAAAAGCGCAAACACGUCAUCGAAUUCGACAACGGGAUCCUCAUCAACGAACACGAGCUCCGCUGAAGAAGAUCAGAAGACUAAGAAGGCGUUAGUGGCUGCGGUUGCUGCGCGCAAUGUACAAAAUGGUGUCUUACUACUUACCUUCGGCCUGGUAUUGAGGGAUCGGAGGAGUCUGGGCGUGGCGGUCAUGGCGGGUCUUGUCGCUACACUCGCUGACACAGUCAUCGUCAACGCGUAUGGUGCAAAGGACAAGAUCGCUGGCCAUUACAUCGGUAUCUUCAACAGCCUAGCAAUUGGUGGGAGUUUGUUGUACUGGGGGCGUAAUGAUCCGCUGUGGUAA